AUGCUGCCCUUCGCACCAGAACCGUCUGUUUUUCAGGCGUCCAAAUGCUUCUUUUCGCACGGCGUCAUGGGCCAUAUUGAUCCAACUCAACCACCAGCUAUUGAGAGCAUUCGGCCAGCCCUGUCGACACCGUCAUCACAGUCGUCUGCGACGCGUGUGCCCAACACGGCCAAGAAGCUCAAGAAGCCCUGGUCCAGCAUCCAGGCGCUCGGCUUCGUCAGUCGGCUCGAGCUCAUUGUGCCGCAGACCUGUGCCGAGUUGGUCCAACGCACAAUGGCCAAGCAUUCUCCAGAAUCUUCCGCGCGGCCACGGUAUGCGCGGGUGGUCAUGACGCUGGGCCAGGUACUCGAGGGCGCCUUUUUCACCGAGUACGUCAAGGCUGGCAACGUCCUGAUGCUGUCCGACGGCCGUCUCGGCCAGGACAAUGUCUUUUCGCUCAAAGACGGCCGCCUGACGCUGUACCUCGAGCGCGAGGCGUACGAACGCGCAGGCCUUGUGGGCAAGACGCACGGCGCCAAAGGUAGCCGUGGCCUGCGUCCGCGGUGGAUCGUCGAGCUGGACCUCAAUCCCAAGGCUAUGUGGCCCGGCAAGAGCGGUUUUGACCGGCUCAUCUACGCGUGCAAAAACGUGUUUAACACGGCACGCACCUGGCUGUUCUGCAACAUGUUUGAUGUCCCCAACCCCGAUCCUCUCGACGCGUUUGCCCCGACAUGGAUCACAGUCGAGCCUGCUGUGACAACACACGCCAACAUCGCACUGCCGCCACUGAUACGCCCGCCCAGUCUCCUUGUCGGUGGUGGUCAAGGCAAUGAUCGCAUGGAGACGGAAGAGGCCGUCACAGAGUUGUAUGAGUGGCUCUCGCUCGUGCGACUCGGAAGCCCUCGCGUCCACGCAGCGGACUCCAUCGACCCGUACCUCAGCCGCUACCAGGUGCCCGGAUCUUCUGGCGACGAUCAUGAUGUGGCAACACAUCCUUCUGACAACAUAGUCACGAUUUCCUGCAGCGGAUUCCUCUCGCCGACGUGGGCUUGCCAGACUCUUCUGGACAUUCUCAUCGCCUUUCAGUCGAUUUCCUCUUCGUCUCCCACUUCAGCCUGGCUGUCCAUGAGCGUGUCUGGGUUUUCGUCGUCUAUGGGUCUGGCUGGCGACGGCGCCGAGUGCACAUUCUUCCGCCCGGCCGAUGCGCCGCGUGAGUUUCUACUCUGGGAUGUGCACAGCCACGAAUGA